AUGGCUGAAGUACCACCUACAGAAACGAAACCAAAUGAAGUCUCAACUACAAACAAUCUUGUUUCUACAAACGAAACAACUCCAACACAAAAUGGUAUUCCUAUAAUUAAGAGUGAAAAUACUCUUGAAACACACCCAAUAAACGAUGUUCAAAAGAAACCAGAACAACCUAAUAUCCAGCCAACAGUUUUAGAAGAAGCGAAAAAGAUUCAACAAAUAGAAACAAUCAAAAAUCAAGAACCAAAACAUGAAAUUGUAAAAACAACUGAAGAAAUAAACAAAUCUAUAGAAGUUGAAAAUAAAGUUACAGAAGAAAAGUCUCAAAUAGUUAAUGUUAGUAGUAAUAAUAAUCCUAUUGAAAAGCCAACCGAAGAAGAAAAAAAGAUUGAAAUAAAUGAAAAGAAAAAUGAAAUAAAUACUUUACAAGGUGAAAAACAAGUAGAUGAAAAAAAAACAGAAGAAAAACAAGUAGAUGAAGUUAAAAAAGAAGAAACCAAACAUGAAGAAUUACCAAAAACACUUGGAGACCCAAAAUGUGUUCCAAAUAAAGAUGAAAAAAUCCUUGGAGAAUAUAAGUUUUGUAGGUUCUGUGAAGGAGAACCUUAUGAAACUAAUGUGUGUUAUUUACCUAUUAUUAAUAAUAGAGUUGGUAAUUUCCCAAUAGUUCUUAAAUUAAAUCCAAAAUGUCAAUCAAACUAUAUUUGUUUACAUCAUUGGAGAGAAAAUCGAAGAGAAUAUCUUGAGCAUUACGUUCAAAAUGAAAAAGGUGUUAUUGAUGAAGCAUCUGUUUUAUUAUAUGCUUCAAUGCUUGACAAAAAAAUUAAUUUUAAUUAUGUACCUUCUAUGUCUUCUAUUCCAGAAGAUACUCGUAAUUUGUUUAGUAAAUAUUUAAGUCUAAGAAGACAAGAACUUGAAAUGGCUAUGGGGUCUGUUCCAGCUGGUUUAUCAGUAACUAGUGAUUUACUUUGUAACGCAUGUAACGCUCCAACUCAACAAAUGUUUGAUAUGUCUCUUUUCCCACAAUCCUUUAUUCAAUUUUUGGCAUGGCAACGAUUAAUGCAAAUUUAUUCAAAACUUGAUGCUAAUAAUAUUGAAAUGUUAAAUGCAUUAAAGAAAGAAGGAAUAAAAGAGGCAGAAAAAGUUGUUAAAGAUGCAACUAAAUUUGCAACAGAAAAUCCAAAUGAUGCAAGAAAACGACUCCAACCAGAUUAUGUCCCUGAAAAAGUUCUUGCAAAAAAACCAUUUAAACAAGAGAAUGGAUCACAAUUCAUAUUACCUCCAAUUAGUACUGCUUCUAAUGCAGCUGUUUCUCUUCCACCUAUUUCAACAAGACAAGAAACUCGUGUUAGAAUCAAUUAUCCAUAUUUUGAAAAUGAAGAAACUAAAACAAAGAUGAUGGAACUUACUAAGCCAACAAUAAUUAUUGGAAGAAAAGGUAGAGAAAAUAAUGUUGAUCUUGAUUUAUCAGCAUAUAUGGAAGCUAAAAGUAUUUCACAUACUCAUGCUAUUGUUCAAUAUGAUGUUGGAACAAAACGUUGGAAAUGUCUUUUAAAAGGAAGAAAUGGAUUAAAAAUAGAUACUGUAUUUAAAAAUAAAGACACUGUAACUGAAUUACAUAAUGGUUCAAUAAUAGAAACUGGUACUUUUAAAUUCUCUUUCCAUUGUCCUGAUGAUUUUGAUGGUAAUUUUUAA